UCCGUCCAGCAGGUGUCCUCAGUCACUCGUAAAGCCAUUUCGUCCUGGUUCGUGGGGGAGGCAACUUUCCGACCCAAGACACCAGAGAAGUUCUCAGCCGUAACUCAACCAGUGCCACGGUUCAUGCCCCAAAUGUGAGGCUGGUGAGGUGAGGCGCUUGACACGUGAGGGGAUUCUCCGAUUGAGAAGCGUCGGAGCUCGACUUGUGUCCGGCGAAUGAACUUCUCCGCUGCACCACGUCAGCCCACAGGCUCCAUUGAUAUCCUCUCCAGGAGAGUCAGCCACAAUGGUGUCGGCACACCGGCUCAAGUACAUGUCUCUGGUGGUGCUGGUGUUCCAGACCACCUCGCUGGUGCUCACCAUGCGAUACUCCCGCACCCUGAAAGAGGAAGGCCCUCGAUACUUGGCCUCCUCGGCGGUGGUGUUUGCCGAGGUGCUGAAGAUUGUCGCGUGCACCUUUCUGGUCUUGAUGGAGAACAAUUUCAGUGUGCGGGCAAUGAGCCAGGUGCUGAAGGAGGAGAUGGUGAACAAGCCGAAGGAGACGCUGAAGCUGGCUGUUCCUGCGGGAAUCUACACGCUGCAGAACAACCUGCUGUAUGUGGCAUUAUCCAACCUGGAUGCUGCCACCUAUCAGGUUACGUAUCAGUUAAAGAUCCUCACCACUGCGCUGUUCUCCGUCUCCAUGUUGGGGAAGAAAUUGGGCAUCUACCAGUGGCUCUCCCUGAAGCUCCUGAUGGCAGGGGUCGCUCUCGUCCAGUGGCCCACGGAGUCUGGACAAGAGUCCGAGCAGAAGGUCCUGUCUGCCGGGGUCCAGUUUGUGGGUCUGAUGGCCGUGCUGAUGGCCUGUUUGUCCAGCGGCUUUGCUGGGGUUUACUUUGAGAAAAUCCUUAAGGAGACUAAACAGAGUGUUUGGGUCCGGAAUAUUCAGCUGGGAGUAUUCAGCUUUAUUUUUGGUUCCAUCGGUAUGAUCAUCUACGACGGCGAGCGUGUGAAGCAGGCAGGAAUGUUUCAAGGCUACAACACUAUCACCUUCAUCGUUGUUGUCUUACAGGCCUUCGGUGGCUUGGUGGUGGCCGUGGUCAUCAAAUAUGCAGACAACAUCCUCAAAGGAUUCGCUACCUCUUUGUCCAUCAUCGUAUCAACAGUCAUCUCAUAUUUUCUCUUGAAAGACUUGGAUCCAACCAGUCGGCAUUCCACCCUUCUUCCUCACCUCUCUUCAUCUCUGCGGAUCGUUCAUGCCCCGCCCACUUCUUGACCACCUGUCUGUCUGUCAGCUAUUUUUUUCUAGGAGCCGUGCUGGUGAUAGCUGCUACAUUUCUGUACGGCUGCGAGCGGAAACCUGCCAGUAGCAGCACCAUCAAGGUGUAGAAGGAAGAGUCUGCUGCAGUGUGUGUGUGUGUGUGGAAUCGAUGAAGAGCAGCAGCCUGUUUGGUACCUGCCUCAAAUGUGGAAGUGUUACUCAGAAACUCCGGCAAAAGACUGAGCUGACUUUUCUCUGGGAGGGAUGUGUUGAAUAUUUUCUUCAUGUCUUGGAGGAGACUUCCCAUGUCAACACACAACUUUUGAUUUGUGUGACUGAAACACAGGGGGAAAAAAGCAAUCGCCUCACUUAUGGUUUACAUUUCAUCUUUGAAAUGUGUCGUUUUUAUUUCUGUUAUUUAAUACGAUUUAACUCAACUGAGCCUCCAUCUAGUGGAGAACCGGAGAACUGCCUCGACGUCAUGAGGGAUUCUUCCACUCCAAGCUGUUGAAUUGUCUUUAUUUUGAUAAGAAAUGAGGGAAGACUGCUUUGACCUCGCUGCUUGCACUCGUAUUUAUUUCAAAGGGACAGG